CGGGGCGACACUUUCGUCUUACCGGGGGACUCGUGGGUAACUUGCUCUUGGGAACCAGCACCAUGGCGUCUGGCUGCAAGAUUGGCCCGUCCAUCCUUAACAGCGAUUUGGCCAAUUUAGGGGCUGAGUGCCUCCGGAUGCUGGACUCUGGGGCCAAUUAUUUGCACCUGGAUGUAAUGGACGGGCAUUUUGUUCCCAACAUCACCUUUGGGCACCCUGUGGUAGAAAGCCUCCCAAAGCAGCUAGGCCAGGACCCUUUCUUUGAUAUGCACAUGAUGGUGUCCAGGCCGGAACAGUGGGUAAAACCAAUGGCUGUAGCAGGAGCCAAUCAAUACACCUUUCAUCUUGAGGCUACCGAGAACCCAGGGGCUUUGAUUAAAGACAUUCGGGAGAAGGGGAUGAAGGUUGGCCUUGCCAUCAAACCGGGAGCUACAGUUGAGUAUUUGGCACCAUGGGCUAAUCAGAUAGAUAUGGCCUUGGUUAUGACAGUGGAACCUGGGUUUGGAGGGCAGAAAUUCAUGGAAGAUAUGAUGCCAAAGGUUCAUUGGUUGAGGACUCAGUUCCCAUCCUUGGACAUAGAAGUUGAUGGUGGAGUAGGUCCGGAUACCAUCCAUAAAUGUGCAGAGGCAGGAGCUAACAUGAUUGUGUCUGGCAGUGCCAUUAUGAGGAGUGAUGACCCCAGAUCUGUGAUCAACCUGUUAAGAAAUGUUUGCUCAGAAGCUGCUCAGAAACGUUCUCUUGAUUGA